AGAAAAAAUCACAUGGCAACUCUGUAACUGCGACAGCAAAUUCAACGCGCUAAAUAAAAAUUAUUUUGCCGGUUUUUCAUCAUUUUAUUGUAACCUAUUAAGUGCAAAACAUAAAAUGAGCUACGCUGCGGAUGUAUUAAAUGCUGCUCAUCUGGAGCUGCACGGCGGUGGCGAUGCGGAAUUGCGUCGCCCUUUCGAUCCCACUGCCCAUGAUUUGGACGCAUCUUUUCGCCUUACACGCUUUGCUGAUCUAAAGGGGCGUGGAUGCAAGGUGCCCCAGGAGGUGCUCUCUAAGCUGGUGUCGGCGCUCCAGCAAGAUUACUCCGCACAGGACCAAGAGCCGCAGUUUCUUAACGUGGCUAUACCACGCAUUGGUAUUGGUCUCGAUUGUGCGGUUAUACCGUUGCGUCAUGGAGGUCUCUGCCUGGUGCAGACCACUGACUUCUUUUAUCCUAUUGUGGAUGAUCCCUAUAUGAUGGGCAAGAUUGCUUGCGCUAAUGUGCUGAGCGAUCUGUACGCCAUGGGUGUCACCGAUUGCGACAAUAUGCUCAUGCUGCUGGCUGUGAGCACCAAGAUGACGGAAAAGGAGCGUGAUGUAGUUAUACCGCUGAUAAUGCGUGGUUUUAAGGAUUCAGCGCUGGAGGCGGGCACCACGGUGACGGGUGGUCAGAGCGUAGUGAAUCCCUGGUGCACUAUUGGCGGCGUGGCCUCCACCAUUUGCCAGCCCAAUGAGUACAUAGUGCCGGAUAAUGCUGUCGUCGGCGAUGUGCUGGUGCUAACUAAGCCACUGGGCACCCAGGUGGCAGUCAAUGCCCAUCAAUGGAUCGAUCAGCCCGAGCGCUGGAAUCGUAUUAAGCUUGUGGUCUCCGAGGAGGAUGUGCGCAAGGCCUAUCAUCGUGCCAUGAACUCCAUGUCGCGUUUGAAUCGCGUUGCUGCGCGUCUAAUGCACAAGUACAACGCUCAUGGCGCCACCGAUAUAACUGGCUUUGGUUUGCUGGGUCAUGCGCAGACACUCGCCGCUCACCAAAAGAAGGAUGUGUCUUUUGUCAUACACAAUUUGCCAGUGAUUGCCAAAAUGGCUGCCGUGGCGAAGGCUUGCGGCAAUAUGUUCCAGCUGCUACAAGGACACUCGGCAGAGACCUCGGGUGGCUUAUUGAUCUGCUUGCCGCGAGAACAGGCCGCCGCCUACUGCAAGGACAUUGAGAAACAGGAGGGCUACCAGGCAUGGAUCAUUGGCAUUGUGGAGAAGGGCAAUAAGACGGCGCGCAUCAUUGACAAGCCGCGCGUGAUCGAGGUGCCCGCCAAGGAUUAACCCAGUACACUUCUCAGCUCUCCGUUGUAAUGCAUUCAUUGAGUGAAUUAAGUUAAUGUUUUUUCGUAAUGCAAUUUUAAAACUUUUAUAACAAACCGCUGGACUCCGCUAAACAGUUAAACGAUUGAAUAAAAAGCGCACACUUGACUUUUGUCUUGAGUAAAUAAUGCAAAGCAGACCGCAAAAUUCAUUUACAUAUUCGCCAGAGCCAAAAAGCUCGGCAAAAACGGCAAGCAGAGAGCUUUGAGUGUGUGGGAGAGUGGAUCAAAGCAGAGAGAGCGCAACAGGUCUGGUCCAUGGGGGUAUUGUGCUGAGAUAACGCUGUAGCUUAAGAGCAUGACGUCACAAAUGCUUACAAUUAGUUAUGAUACACAUGCGUUUAAAUCAUAUUUUGUAAAUUUA